ACGUCAUUAACGCGACACUGUAAAGUACGCCAGUGUUCUCGAAUACGCCGCUAAACGCACGCUAGAAUGGAUCAGCUUUGCAAACUUUUUGUUGGUGGAUUAAAUGUUCAAACUACUAGCGAAGGACUUCGUGCUCAUUUCGACCAGUAUGGGCAGCUUAACGACUGCGUUGUUGUUCAAAAUGACCAGCUUCAGCGGUCUCGCUGUUUUGGCUUUGUAACCUACUCCAGCGUUGAGGAAGCUGAUGCAGCAAUGGCAGCGAGGCCACACACAGUAGAUGGUAAAACCGUGGACUUAAAAAGAGCAGUGGCUCGUGAAGACGCGGGCAAACCAGAAGCUCUUGCCAAAGUAAAGAAAAUAUUUGUUGGGGGUCUGAAAGAAGAUAUCGCAGAAGAGGACCUAAAUGAAUAUUUUGCCCAGUUUGGUGUAAUCGAGAAAGCAGAAGUUAUCACAGAUAAAGAUACCGGCAAGAAGCGUGGCUUUGGUUUUGUACACUUUGAGGACGAUGAUUCUGCCGAUAAGGCAGUCGUGCUCAAGUUUCAUUCGAUAAAUGGGCACAAAGUCGAAGUGAAGAAAGCACUCACUAAACAAGAAAUACAGGCUGCUGGUGGAGCCCGGGUUAGCAGAGGCAGAAGAGGCGGCGGAGCAAGUAGAAAUCAAAAUGGCUUCGGUGGCGGAAGAGAUGGUUACAACAGCUACUCUGGGGGCUACGAUGGGGGUUAUUGCGGCGCAUAUGGCGGUCCCUACGGAGGGGGAUAUGAAGGCGCAUACAGUGAUCAGAUGGGAGGCUAUGGUGGUAACAAUGGCUAUAAUGACUUUGGUGGUGGAUAUAACCAGCAGUCGUCUGGUUACGGGCCCAUUAAAGGUGGAAACACGUAUCGGAGCGUAGCCCCUUAUCCUCGCGGUGGGGCUUCUGGAUACGGUAGAGGUGGAUAUGGAGGCCCAUGUUAAAACCAACGGGCAUGGACCAAAAAUAUUGAUGACUCAACCACUACCCAUAAUUGUGUCUAAUCAAAUGUGCUCCAGAAAAGACCUUGGAGUUCAGAAAAGAAGGUUCAACAAAGAACAACAAAUAGCUUCCAUAAUGGUUAAUUGUUUAUUUGGCAUGUCAUCAUUUUUGUUUUGUUUUUUAACCUUUUGUUUUGUCAACUUUUUUUUUUUUUUUUUUUUUAAAACUGGUCUGUUCACAAGGUUCCUUAAUCAACAAUUUCUGAACUGUAAAGAUUUUGUACUGUCAUUACCUGAGGCCUGGUCCUUGCUUUUAUCUCUGGAAUAUUAAACUUAUUAAAUAAGCAACCUGAAA